AACUGAGACAGGCGCAUCAAAAUCAAAAACAAAAAAGCUUUCCACCCGUGAUCCCACCAACUGCUUCCAUUCCCAAAUGUUCCACUCUCGUGAGCACCGUCCUCUCCACUAACCCUACACCCACCACUACUGCCAAUUGAAUUCCCUCCAUCUUCCCCUGUCGCUGCAAAAUUCCAAAACCCCCUUCCUUUCCCCUUACCCUGCUAUAAAUUUGAAAUGCCGAUCCAUUCCCUAUUCAGAAAACCCCCCAAAUCCCUGCUCACCAGCUCCUCUUUCCUUCUCAUUUCCAUGGCUUCUCUCAUUACCCUGCUCCUCGUCUCUUUCCUUCUCUUCCUCUCCUUCCCUUCUUCCUCCUCCUCUGUUUCCCAGCCCCGACCCCUUCGAAUUUUCCGAUCGCCGAAACCCAGAUCCAAAAAAGCCCCGAUUCGCUCCUCGUCGGCGGGACCGAUCCCGGCUCAGAUCGCUCAAGCCUGCAAUGCUACCAGGUUUCCCGACGUCUGCCAGUCUUCUCUGUCCAACCCUGCCGCGGCUCUCCCAAAAUCCCCAACUCCGAUUGACCUGAUUCAGUCAGCGAUUUCACUCUCCUAUGCGAAUCUCUCGGUCGCGCAGUCGAUGGUGAAAUCGAUUCUGAGCUCUUCUUCCAACAUCAACCGUACCACCGCCGCGAAAAACUGCGUCGAGGUUCUCGCCAACUCGCAGCACCGCAUUCAGUCAGCCGCGGCCGGAGAAGCCCUCCGCGGCGGCGGGAGCGGAGGAGGAGGAAUUAAGGACGCGCGGGCGUGGAUGAGCGCUGCGCUGCUUUACCAGUACGACUGCCGGAACGCUCUCAUGUACGCAAACGACACGUCGUUGACGGCCCAAACGAUGUCGUUCCUCGACUCUCUAAUGAUGCUCUCCAGCAACGCUCUGAGUAUGCUUGUGGCCUAUGACGUUCACGGCAACGAGACCGGGUCGUGGGGCCCGCCCAAGACGGAGCGGGACGGGUUCUGGGAGAAGUCGGGCAGGGGAACAGGGCUGGGUUCAGGCGGUUUUCCGUCGGGGUUGAAGCCCGACGCGACGGUUUGCAAGAGCGGCGGAUGUGAUUUCGAGACGGUGCAGGCGGCGGUGGAUUCCGCGCCGUCCAAUCUGCCGACCGGCGGACGGAAGUUUGUUAUCGGGAUAAGGGAAGGGGUUUACGAGGAGAUCGUUAGGGUUCCCUUGGAGAAAAGGAAUUUGGUGUUCCUGGGAGACGGGAUGGGUCGAACCGUUAUCACCGGGUCGUUGGCCGUCGGCCAACCCGGGCUUUCCACGUACAACACGGCCACUGUCGCGGUUCUUGGCGAUGGAUUCAUGGCGAGCGGGCUGACGAUCCAGAACACGGCCGGAGCUCCGACCCACCAAGCAGUGGCGCUGAGAGUCGACAGCGAUCUGUCACUGAUCGAGAACUGCGAGCUCCUCGGCAACCAAGACACUCUCUACGCGCAUUCCCUCCGCCAGUACUACAAUUCUUGCCGGAUUCAAGGCAGUGUGGACUUCAUCUUCGGCAACUCUGCCGCGAUCUUCGACGACUGCACCAUCCUGGUGGCUCCGAGGCUGGUGAAGCCGGAAAAAGGUGAGAACAAUGCGGUGACUGCACAGGGCAGGACGGAUCCCGCGCAAUCUACUGGGUUCGUGUUCCAUGAUUGCCUGAUUAAUGGCACGGAGGAGUAUAUGAAGAUGUACCGUAGCAAUCCUAAGGUGCACAAGAACUAUCUGGGGAGGCCCUGGAAGGAGUUUUCCAGGACCGUGUUCAUACGAUGCAACAUGGAAGCACUUGUGACAGGGCAGGGGUGGAUGCCAUGGACAGGGGAUUUCGCGCUGGCAACUCUGUACUAUGGCGAGUUUGAGAGCUCCGGGGAUGGGGCGAAUCCGUCUGAGAGAGUCAAGUGGAGCAGUCAGGUGCCGACGGAGCAUGUAGGAGCCUACUCUGUUCAGAACUUCAUUCAAGGAAAUGAAUGGAUUCCCAACACGUCCUCUUGAUCGAUUCCUGUGUAUUCUUCUUCUUUGCAAUGGCAGUUAAUUAGGUUGAGCAGUGAAGUUGUAGAUGUAGAUGCCAGCAUGUAGUGCAGGUUUUCCAAAUGUAGAACCAGUACGGUUGUAUAUAUGUAAUCCAUAAUCAGAAUUUGCCGCAAGCAAAGUGAAAGAGGCCAUUAACAUAAGAGCAAUUAUUACUACCGUGACAAGCACAUUUCAACCCAUAUAUAUUUUUAUCUUCUUAGUCUGCAACUUAUUCGUACAUUACACAUAUAUGCUGAUGACAACGUAUACGUAUGAUUCCAAGUUCUAAAAAGCAGCAAUCUCUAGCCCUCCUUUGGCAGCAGCAGCUGAGCAACUGAGAACAGGGGUGUCAAACCUGCUGAACAGCUUGUAGGACGAGACAAGCGAGAUCCCGAUAAAGAAGAGAACAACGAUGAAUGUCAGAACCAAGGAAGCCAUGGCCUUGUGGCAGAACCCACCAAACGAGCCGCAAGCUGCGCUCCAUGUGAUGUCUAGGUCUCCCUUGUAAGCAAGGUAGAGCACCUCGGCCGAGACAGAGGCAGCCGCGAGGAUCAAGUAAGUGAACACUUGGUCCAGGAAGAAGAAGGUCCAGGCGGAUCCGGCCGUGGUGGCUGGGCGACGCGGCAUUGCCACCACGACGGCGGAGAGCAGGGCGUAGCCUGCACAUAUGCCGUUGGCGUGUACCAAGUACCUGCAUGCAGCGAGAUCAGAGUAUGAGAGGGAGCCGAAAUCGUUCGUCUGGGAGUUCUUGAGCAUCACGACCAGAGCUGACACGCACAAUCCGACCGGCACCAGCCGGAGUAUGCUCUCCGCCGUCCGCAUGCUGCCGGCGGCCUGAUCCUGCAGCUCUUCCCGGUUGGCGGCGGCGGAAGAGGAGUUCAUGCCCAUCAUCGUUCCACUUACUUUGCUCUUCUCCAUUGUUUGGUUUGCACUCUGAAGUACUCUUUCUCUACUAACUUCGGAGGCCAGGCUCUCUCUCUCUCUCUCUCCCUCUGUCUCUCAAAGUGUUUGAAGUUAUUAUGAGUGAACAGGGAGACACAGGUGAUCGAGGACAAGGGGGAAGUGAAAGUGAAACCCUGAUCUUAUAUUAACGGGGAAAGAGUGAUGAUAAGAAAGAAACAAAUGGGGCAGUUGUAAUGUUAUAAAUGAGCUGAGGGGAAAGGGGGGGCUUUUAAUUUGAGAUGAUGGUGGGUUGGUGAUGGUGAGGGUGCAUUAAAUGUAUUUUGAUAAGUUAUGCGUUUGUUUGCCCAAAUAUGUGUUUGU